AGCACGUUUUUCAUGUCAUCAUUAGAGAGCUAACUGAUAGGAUGUGAAGGCACAAUUUCUCCAACGUUCUACCAGCAGUGGAUUUGGCUGUAACGAUGAUUUGUCAAAACAAAAACUAUCGUACGACCCAGCUGCCGUCGGUUGGCAAAAUAUCAAUUUUGAUGUAACCACAGCCAUGUUACGGUACGAUGCCGCAAUUGCUGCCGAGAUGGUUAACGAGUAUUUUUUGCCGUUUUGCCAGAUUGAAACUGAUAACAAACAACGACUGUUUCGUAAUUUCUUUGCCAAUUUUAUCCUUAUCGAAAGAGCUUUCCUUACCUCUGUUUAUUUCCCGUCUGAACACGAUGACAGGUUUGCUUUUUCUAACAAUGCCUAUUUCCACCUUGAUGAUCUUACAAAAUACUUCAAUUGUGAUGCCCUAAUUGCUCAUCCUGCUGAAGCUGCAAAGAUUUUCAAGCCAACAUAUGAUGUAUCACGACGGUGUUUAAAAAAUCCUAUGGCUGAAAUGAAGUUUACUGAAGCUGAAAUGGUUGGGUUGUUAUAUUUAAGCCUUUGGAAUGAAGCAAUUGAUGGAAUAAGUAAGGAAACAAGUGCAGUAUCUAAACAGGCCAGAGAUCAGAUUUAUAGGGAGCUGUAUACGCUUUGCCUAAGAUCAGACCCUGAAACAGCUCCGAGACGUUUCGGUUGUGUAGUCAACUUUUUAACCGUCUCACAGAGGCUCUCGGCACGAUUUACGGAGAAUUUUUCAAUAGCAAAAAUUUUUGACAUUUUUAAUUGCGAUAAUUUCUUAUUUGAAAUAAUGCCACAAACAGUUUGUUAA